AUCAAUUUGGACCCUGCAAUACGUCAUCAUCCGACAACUCUACGUCGAAAAAGUGUCUGAAAUCGCCUCAUGAACGCGUCUGAGUUUUGUGGCUGUGAUUGAAGCGUGGGCGAACGAUUCCCAUUGGUUCCGCCGUGCCCAAGCGGGGCAUCGCUGCAUGCAUACAGAUGCUAAACACCUUCCAACAGUGACGUCUUGGAUCAGUUCCCACCCGCCAAGGGCUCAAUAUCUGGUGCGCUUGGCUGUCGCCGUGGUCUGCCAUACCAUGUCCCGCCUGCAUUUCCAGGUGGGGGGGUUUUAAAGGGCUUCAAUUCCCCAGAUCUAGAUUGCUUGUCAACUCCAAACUCCUUAGCAUUUGAAUGAACCAACAUCAUUCGCUAUGGGAGGGAAGCAGCCAUCACUCGAAGGCCACAAGUCUGGCCAGUCCAACGAGCCUCUAUCUGCACCGGCCCACGCACUCUCAUUCCAGAAGGUGAUUGAGGAAACAAAGUGCAACCCCGACGACGGUCUCAGCACAUCGGAAGCAAAGUCUCGACUCGAAAAGUUUGGAAGCAACGAUCUCGGUGAUGAUGGCGGAGUCCAACCUGCAAAGAUCCUGCUUCGACAGGUCGCUAACUCUAUGACUUUGGUGCUUAUUGCAGCCAUGGCCGUCAGUUUUGCCAUUGAGUCGUGGAUUGAAGGUGGUGUAGUAACUGUCAUCAUUCUGCUUAACGUUGUUAUUGGUUUCUUCCAAGAGUUCAACGCCGAGAAGACUAUGGAUUCCUUACGAUCUCUCAGUUCUCCAACUGCCACCGCUAUCCGAGACGGAAAGACUGUUACCGUCCCUACCAUCGAAGUCGUCGUUGGCGACUUGGUCGAACUCAAGACCGGUGACACCAUCCCCGCUGACAUUCGUAUUAUCGAAGCUGUCAAUUUCGAGACCGAUGAGGCUCUGCUGACUGGUGAAUCGCUCCCAGUCAACAAGGAUGCCGAAGCCACGUUCUCCGAGGACACCGGCCCCGGUGAUCGCCUGAACGUUGCAUUUAGCUCAGCCACCGUCACCAAAGGCCGUGCUCGUGGCGUUGUCUUCGCGACCGGAAUGUACACUGAAAUUGGUUCUAUCGCUAUGUCUCUUCGCCAGAAAAAUUCCCGCGUACGUCCAGUGAAGCGCAAGGAGGAUGGUAGCCGACCAAAGCCUCACCGCUACGCCCAGGCUUGGGGUUUGACUGCUGGUGACGUUGUUGGUGCUUUCCUUGGUGUCAACGUUGGUACUCCCCUCCAAAAGAAGCUUGCCCGCCUUGCUAUUCUGCUGUUCGGUACUGCCAUCGUCUGCGCUAUCAUCGUCCUGGGUGCCAACUCUUUCUCCAACAACCGCGAAGUCAUCAUCUACGCUGUUGCGACUGGUCUAUCCAUGAUUCCCGCUUCGCUCACUGUCGUCUUGACCAUAACCAUGGCCGCUGGUACGAAGCGCAUGGUUCAGCGUCACGUUAUUGUUCGCAACCUGAAGUCUCUCGAGGCUCUUGGUGGUGUUACCGAUAUUUGCUCCGACAAGACCGGUACUCUUACCCAGGGUAAGAUGGUCGCAAAGAGGGCUUGGAUUCCCGCCAAGGGCACAUACUCCGUCGGUGUCACUGAUGAGCCUCACAACCCUACCGUCGGCUCAUUGAGCUUCACUCCUAAGGAACCCCGCCACAUCGAUCCCGACCAAGAUGAGAAGACACAGACUUACCAGGAACUCAUGGAGGACAACCCUCAUCUGAUCGAAUAUCUCAAGGUCGCAUCUCUCGCCAACUUAGCCAACGUCCACCAAACUGAUGGCCAAUGGAACGCUCGUGGUGACCCAACCGAAAUUGCCAUCCAGGUUUUCGCAUCCCGCUUCGACUGGAACCGUCUGCAAUUCACUCAGGGUGAAUCGCCCAAGUGGAAACAGCUCGCUGAGUUCCCAUUCGACUCCGACGUCAAGAAGAUGUCCGUUAUCUUCGAAGAAGUUGCCAGUUCCAAGAAGAUGGUCUUCACCAAGGGAGCCGUUGAGCGUGUUAUCUACUCUUGCGAUACUUUCUAUAACGCGGAGAGGGACGAUGUCGUCAACAUGGAUGAUGACUACUGUGAGGAUAUUAUCGCCAACAUGGAAGCGCUCGCAUCCUACGGUCUCCGCGUCCUGGCCCUUGCCAGCAAGGACUACGACGGCCCACUCCCUACCAAGGGCGAAGAGCUUGACAGGAAGAACAUCGAGGAGAAGCUCGUCUUCCGUGGUCUUGUCGGUCUCUAUGACCCUCCCCGCCCCGAAACCGCUGGAUCUGUUCGUCAGUGCCAGAAGGCUGGUAUCGAAGUUCACAUGCUUACUGGUGAUCAUCCCGGGACCGCCCGCGCCAUCGCCGCCGAAGUUGGUAUCUUGCCUUCGAACAUGUCCACUCUUGCCAAGGACGUUACCGACGCCAUGGUCAUGACCGCUACCCAAUUUGACAAGCUCUCUGACGACGAAGUCGACGCCCUUCCGCUGCUUCCUCUUGUUAUCGCUCGUUGCGCUCCUAACACCAAGGUCCGCAUGAUCGACGCACUACACCGAAGAAAGGCUUUCGCAGCCAUGACUGGUGAUGGUGUCAACGAUUCGCCAUCUCUCAAGCGCUCCGACGUUGGUAUUGGUAUGGGUACUGGAUCUGAUGUUGCCAAGGACGCCUCCGACAUUGUUUUGACCGACGACAACUUUGCCUCUAUCCUCAACGCUAUCGAAGAGGGUCGCCGCAUGUUCGACAACAUCCAGAAGUUCAUCCUGCAUUUGCUCGCCCAGAACAUUGCUCAGGCUUGCGUCUUGCUUAUCGGUCUUGCAUUCAAGGAUGAGACUGGUCUUUCCGUAUUUCCUGUCUCUCCCGUCGAGGUCAUGUGGAUUAUCAUGGUCACCUCCUCGCUUCCUGAUAUGGGUCUCGGUUUCGAGAUCGCGGCUCCCGAUAUUCUGGACCGUCCUCCCCAGAGUCUCAAGCGUGGUGUCUUCACCAUCGAAGUCAUGGUCGACAUGCUGUUCUACGGUCUCUGGAUUGCCGCUCUCUGUCUCGCCUCCUUCUCGAUCGUCAUGUUCGGCUUUGGUGACGGCAACCUUGGUACCGGCUGUAACGAAGGUUUCAACGAAACCUGCACAACCGUCUUCCGUGCUCGUGCUACCACCUUCGCCUGCCUUACCUGGUUCUCGCUCUUCCUCGCAUGGCAGAUGAUCGACAUGCGCCGCUCAUUCUUCAUGAUGCAGCCCGGUUCCAAGAAGUACUUCACCCAGUGGUUCCACGAUGUGUGGCGCAACAAGUUUCUGUUCUUCUCUAUCAUGGGCGGGUUCAUCACCAUCUUCCCGGUCCUGUACAUUCCCGUGAUCAAUACUGUUGUGUUCAGGCACUCUGGCAUCAGCUGGGAGUGGGGCGUAGUCUUCAUCGCUACAUUCCUCUUUUUCCUCGGUGUUGAGGCGUGGAAGUUCGCCAAGCGCACCUACUUCAAGAGGAAGGACCCCCAAGGUGGAAGGAGGGGCUCGGUUGACCUUGAGGCUCGCGUCUUCGAGCGCUACCUCAGCACAGCGAUCAGCACGGACGACGACAACGAGAAGAAAUAGAUGGGGACGGUGAAUUUUCUCAGCGUAUGUGUAUGAACAUCGUAUGAGUGGCUUUUUGAUUCAGUGCUCUCAGUUGAGAGUAUGCUCUAUUGAUGAUGGUUCAUCUUAGAGAAAAGGCGUUUUUGUUAUGCAUGGCUUGCGAUACCUUUAUGCCUGUUACGGCUGUCUCCUCUAGAAGGGGUUGAACGUUUUUCUUUGCCUGUUAGAUGUCACUCUGCUAUAAUAUC